GGCGCUCAGGUCGCAAGGCCAACAUCGAACUUUGCGGUCGAGCUGAGGGGCGCACGAGCACUUCAGGAUAAUGUACUGACAGUGAAGAAAACUGUGUAAACUCCGAAAGUUGACGUUACUUAAUUUACCCAGACCAGUAAUGGAGUAACGUUAAAGAAUCAGUUCAGAAUGGCUUUUGACGGGCAUCAGAGCACUUUCACGAAUUCACUCUUUCCUGCAUACCAGCGUCAGGCCAGUAUAAAUAUAGGUGGUGGCAACAAUGGCGGCAUGGCCAUGCCCUUUGUUGCUAUCCCCGGUGUCUCACUGCAGGAACAGAGCACAGCAUCCAACAUGCCGUGGUCUCAAAAUGCUCAUGAUCCUUAUGGCCUUAUCAAUUGUGCCAAUAACAGCAGGAAAGCCACAUAUAAAAGUACUGACUGUGACGGGGAGACUGAUCUACAGGGUCUGGUGUCAAAUAUUUUGGAUGAAGCCGACUCACAGGACAGCUACUACAGUGAAGGGAGUCUACCUACAUGUAAUCCUGUCUGGUCUCCAAAGACAUUGAGAGAAGAACUGCUGCAGUAUUUACAAUCAGAGGCGAAAGCGCAACAACCCCCCACCUUUCCCCCAAACUAUGUAUCCCGUGAGGCUCUAAGUAAAGUACAGGGACAGUCAGUGGACAAAGAUCUUGAAGAGUUUUACCAACAGUCCAAUGGCCUUUCUACCAAUCAACAAUGGCUUUUUAAUUUGCCUAAUGGAGACCGGAACAGCUACACCCCCCGUCCUCAGAAACUGCCCCCAGGUCUGCCAAUAACCAACAAAGAAAACAUCUUCUUGUCACAGGUACAAGAAAGCAAAUAUGACAACAUGCCAGCUGAGAGAGACAGAGGACAUAGCCAGCCUAUGAAUAAUCUACCUGACCUCAGUAAUGUCUUUAGAACUCAAAGCGAGACGAACAGCUCGUGCUUUCACUCUUAUUAUGAAGACCAGUACACCCAGAGCAGCACAAAGCCCCUCAGUAAUGAGCAGUAUGGGCCACAAGACAUUAACCAACUGGUCAGCAGUUUUCAAUCGUUCAUGGCUGGUGAGCAUGAAAGCUUAUGUCGUGGCGACUUUCCAAACAUUCACAGUCAGACAGUAGGCAUGCACCAUGAAGACAGCAUGGCUGAACAAUGGAAAAUGUCUGGUCCUGCAAUGUCAACACAAAGUACUCCUGCAAUGCAGAGCCAAAAAGUGCUGGUGGGAGAAUUUGGCAUGGAAAGAAAUGGAGGAGUGAGGAAACAAAUACUUAAGCGUGAUGCCUUUCAAGAUCCACCUUGUUUCAGCCCACAAAACACAGAGUACUUCCAGCCGCCGAAGCCAUUCUGUGCACCUUUAAACCUCCCAAACCAAUACCAAAGCAACAUGAGUGUGCACAGAGAGAACACUUCCCUCCCCAUUAACAUGAGCAUGAACCAGUAUUCAAAGCAUCACAUCCAGCAGGGCCUAAUACAGAGCAAGCUCAAGCCACAGAUGCACAGAGAAGAGAAGAGGAUGCAUCUUCCUGGCUUUCUAGGAAAAGGCUCUACAAGACCCCUAACCAACACUAACAUGAGAGGGGGAGAGAAGAAACAGACCCUCUCACAAAACCCAAACUUUGACCACCUGGGGAGCAUGCAGUCUCAGAGAUUUGAUGGAGAAAACAGCAUGAUCAGUGUAGGGAGUACACAGCAGCACAUGCCUUUCAUGUAUCCUGGGAAUGACCCCAGAAGGUACUCCAGCAACUCCUCCAACUUCAGCUCUAGAUCCACGCUGCCCUAUGAGAGCAGUGUGCCUGGCAUGGAUGUGGGUGAUAUGAUGCCAGCCAGCGAGUCUGCAGUUUUCAACUCCUAUGUCAGUGACAUGAUGACCUGCAGAGGAGAGAGCACUUAUCAUGGCAUGGCCUCAGCCCCGACAACUUCAAUGAUGAUGAAUCAAGGAGGGCCUGUGAUCCAGCUCUACUUGUACCUGGAUGAGUGUUAUGAGCAGUGGAGGUGUUUGGAGGGGGAGAGAAAGGAGACAGAGGUCAUCCUUACCAAGUCAUUUCUUAGGAAAAGGACUGCAGCAGUGGCCAACCCUAACCUCCCCAAAACUCCACCUACCCCCACAAGAGUGGACCACCUCAUUGUUAAUCAGAUGAGAGAACAAGCAAGGGUGGCAGGCCUUCUGGAUAGAAUGGAUAGUGUGUGCAACACUCCUCUCCAUAUCAACAUCCACUCAGCACUGAGCAGACAUCAUAUGGCGAUUUGCAUCACCCAGGCGAGACGCGAGGAGGAGAUUGCCAGCAUGUCCAAACACCAGCGGCAGAGAAGUCACUUCACAGAGGACAGGGACACCCUGUUGAUGGCCAUUGCACUGAAGGACCUUGCUGCUACCACGAGGAAGAGCCGCAGCGCCCUGUGGUGUGCGCUCCAGAUGGUGCUACCACAACCUGUGAAGAGUCCGGACCACCACCUGGACAGGGAGGACACACACAAGCAGAGGGCCUCCUCUCCAUUUGAGAAAUACUCUUUUAAGUUAUGAUUUAUCAGGCAACAAGCAUGAGUUAAAGGUCCAAAAUGCCCUGAUUAUAAAUUUCCCAAAGGCUACAGGGUGAUGUAAACAACUUAAUGUUACCUGCAAGUUUAUAGUGACAUUUUACCGGCAGCACAGUGAUCACUGCAGAAUAUGAGAAUGUAAUUUAUCCUGCUGCAUCUUAACUUCAUUUCAUUUAAUUAGUGUCAGUUUCAAAUUAGCAGUGAAUCUUGCUCCAUCACCGUUGUAUUUAAAGACACUAUUUAUGAGGAAGAUUUCAGUGAGUUCUUCAUUGUUUUACUUAUUUAUUGGAAUGUAAUAGAACCUUAGUUCUGGGUAUUCCCAAGCAAGAAUUGAAUCAUAAGGGCAGUAGUUUAAAACGAACAUGCUAAAUAUUGAAAUGUUUUCUAAAAUGUUCCAAUUAACUUUUUGCAGCUUGAGUUUCCUUAUUUAACCGUAACGUGCUGUAAUCAGAAACAAAAGUUGUAUUUAUCUGCAAUUUGGUGAAGUUUGAAACUGUGCCAAAGAAAGAAAUGUUCGAUUAAAUGUAAAUGUAUUAAUCACAUUUUCCAUUAGACGUGUAAGGAAUAUUCCCAUCAGUGAAAUGUAACAUAGCUAAGUUAAAAAAUAACUCUCUGAAUGCCGUCAAGUCUCCAAAGACACUCGCUCUAUCAGUACUUUAUGAACGUGCUAAAUUAUCAAAUGCUUUCGGAAAUGUUUCAAUUAAUUUCUGAAACCUUUUGCUAACACAGUAAUCAAAACUGUUUUAUUUGGUCAAAACUUUGAACUGUAACAAGAUACUGAAACCUACAAAGGUUCAGCGUUUUAAAUUCAAAUGUAUUAAUCACACUUUCCAUCUAAUUAUUUUCAGAUAUUAUCAUCAUCAGUGUGUGUUAGCUUGUAUCCAUCACAAAGCUACGUCAGCGUCCUCCUGUAGACCUGAAUACCAGUUGUUCCGUGUACCUUCUAUCAUUUUAAAGUUCACGUUGUGUUUUUUCUUGUUGUUCUGUAAACGGAAAACUUUGAAAU